AUGCCAGCAACAGAUUACCACCAUCACGAAUCAUCGCCCUCUCCCUCGAGCUUCGGCUUCUCCAUCCUCAGCCGGCGCCGGGACCAAGUCCACUCCAUGGACCCCACGCACGGGCUCUCAGGCCUAGACGCCGAGCUCGAGUCUUUCCAGCGCCAGGUAGCCGAAAUGUUUCACGACCUGGCCUCAGGCAACCCUGAGGACCUCCUUUCAAUCUCCUGGGUCCGCAAGCUUCUAGACACUUUCCUCCUCUGCCAGGAACAAUUCAGGAUAAUUAUCCUCAACAACAGGGGAGCCCUUAACAAACCCCCCAUGGAUCGACACAUUUCCGAGUUUUUCGAGAGGAGCGUGAAAGCUCUCGACGUUUGCAACGCCAUUAGAGAUGGAGUCGAGCAGAUUCGGCAGUGGCAGAAGUUGUUAGAAAUCAUCUCAUGCGCUUUGGACGAUAGUCAGAAGAGUAUUGGGGAAGGACAAUUUCGUCGUGCUAAAAAGGCUCUAGUCGAAUUAGCCCUAGCAAUGAUCGACGAUAAAGAAUCAUCAAACUCGACCGUUAAUUCACACAGAAACAGGUCAUUCGGCCGCCAUAAGGAGCCCAAGUCAUUGAGCCAUUUUCGCUCCUUGUCAUGGAGCGUGUCCAGGUCAUGGUCAGCUGCUCGGCAAUUGCAGGCGAUUGGGAAUAAUCUAGUCGGGCCAAAGCCGAAUGAGACGGCCUUAACUGGCGGGCUUAAUGUUGCAGUCUUCACAAUGAAUUAUGUUCUCCUGUUUGUUAUGUGGGCCCUAGUGGCCGCAAUCCCCUGCCAGGACCGCGGGCUUCAGGCCCACUUUUAUUAUGUUGGGACGAGGCAGUUCGCGUGGGCUGGCCCGAUUCUCUCGCUGCACGAGAGGAUUCUGGAGGAGUCCAAGAAGAGGGAAAGGAGGAACACGUGUGGGCUUUUGAAGGAGAUUCGUGAUGUGGAGAGAUGUGCGAGGUUCAUGAAUGAGUUGAUAACGGAUUUUACGAAUUUCCCGUUGGAUGAGGAAAAGGAGAGGGAAGUUCGGUCGAGGGUUAGGGAAGUGGGUUUGGUGUAUGAGGGGAUUAAGGAAGGUUUGGAUCCUUUGGAACGUUUGGUUCGGGAGGUUUUUCGUAGGAUCGUGAGGGUUAGGACGGACGGGCUUGAUUCGACCGGUGGUCGGGUGAAUAGCUAG